UAUCAAUGUUACAUGUUGUACAAAUCUUUUGUGAACAGUAGACAAUUUUGUGAAAUUAAAUACUCAAAUGAAAAAUGAGUUUUCGUCAUUAGUUUAUUUAAAACUACAAGUCAGCAUAAUGAUGACUCCGCAGGUAAUUAAACCAGCUCUGCAGCAUUCCUUGGCCCAAUUCCAAUGUUAUCAACUCAGACAUGCCUGAAUGUUUCACAUUCCUACGGAAUCAACCAGUUGAACACGUAGUUUCCUAAAUACUUGUGUGUUCCUUGUUGCCUCUGAAAUAGUUGUUUUAGUUAGUUGAAUUGUUCCUCUGUAAAUAUCUGAGAAAAUGUCAUUACCCUCAUGAUAAAUACUUACUGUAAACUCCACAUGAUUGUAUUGUCUUGUGCUGAGACAUCCACACAAAGGACACGUCUAAAUUCUUACAGACGGGAAAUCAUUACAAUUACUUGGGCGGAAAUUGCCAUUGAAUUCACUUGGAGCUUUUACUUCCUGUGAGAAAACAUCAGUCGGCGUGGCGCUGUGUCUCCAUUUGGCGGGCCAGCCUGUCUUCUUAAAUGGGGGGCCAGUCAAUGAGCUUUUGCCUGAGCAGGCGUCACUUCCUUUCUACAGGCUGCUGCAUUCAAUCAGCUGAUUCAGCACAGAGAGAGGCUGUGUGCUGUGUCUUCUCUGGCCUCCACACUGCUAUAGCCUUUCACCUCCUCCCUGCCUCCACCCUUUCCCCCUAACAAACAGCCCAGCUGAGCCUCCCAUCCCCCCACAAGCGUCCACUCACACACCCAUGCCACAUGAAGCCCAGCUCUUAGUGAGUGAGUGGAAAAAGUUACACCAGUCUUUCUGUGUGUUGGCCAGUCAAUCGAAUGCAGCAGCACACGCCACUGUCCCACAAGCUGAGCUGCGUCUGAUCCCAGUCCUCUACUCAAGCCCCAGCAUGGAGAGCCCCUUGAGUGCAGAAUCAGCUCCCCCAACCCCAGCUCCCAGAAACCAUACUCCUUCUCCAAGUCCAAGAGCUGAGGCCCAAGAGUUGAGAAUGGAGGAGAAAGAGAGAACAGUGGACACAGAGGAGGACCCUAUAUAUCUGUCUCUGUUAUCAGCAGUGUCAGUGGUUGUGGAUGAGCCAGCAGAGGAUGCAUCAGAGAAGGCUGAGGAGAGAGCUGAGAGAGAGGCUCAGAGGCAGCUCCUGGCCACAGAGGAGCUGGUCUACACAGAGAGGAACUACCUGAGACUCCUCCAGGUCUGCACCUGCACCAUCAGGAGCAACCUGCAGAAACUCCAGCCACAGCUGCCUAACCUGAACAGCAUGUUCCUGUACAUAGAGGAGGUGAUCGACGUGUCAGGGCGCCUCCUUAGCUUCCUGGACCAGAAGCAGUUGACACCCCAUGAUCCUCUCUUCCUGGAGACUCUAUGUGAUGCCUUCCUCAGUCUAUCAACAGACAUGGAGUCGGCAUACAAGGAGUACCUGGCCAACUACAACACCGUCACAGCGUUAGAGAACAGCUACAAGCAGAAAGAUGCCCUGUGGACUGAGAUAGUGAAAGUCAUCAAGUCCUCAGAGCCAGAGGUGAAUGCCACCUCUCUGAGCUUCUUCCUGGUGAUGCCAGUCCAGAGGAUCGCCCGCUACCCUCUUCUCCUCCAGACCAUCAUGAAACACACAGAGCCUGGGCACCCGGCCUACUCUCUUCUGGAGCAAACUGCCCACACCGCCAUAGCCCUGAACUGCAGGAUCAAUGAGUACAAACGCUUCAGAGAAGUAGCCGACAAAUACAGGAAGACGGAAACCCUGACUAUAAGGGAUAAGAUGAAUCGUCUGAACAGCCACAGCAUCGCUAAGAAGACGGCCAGACUGAGUCAGUUCAUCAAGCAUGAGACGGGGAUUGCACCAAAGCUGGUAGAUGAGGAGUUUGAUGCCUUGGAGGGUUUUUUCUAUCUCCUUGAAAAUGGUAUCACCGUGCUACAUGAAAAUGUGGAGACAUAUCUAGACCAUCUACAGAGGUUUCUGAGCUGUCGACCAGAGGAGUUUGAUCUUGACAUGGAUGGUGAGAAGCCUGCUAUAUGCUACAAAGAAGUCAUAACAGCACUGAGGCAAUGGAUACUUCCUACAUUUGAGAAGAGGAUGAGGACUUUGGUCCACAAGCCCAUCUGUGCCCUGAGAGAGCUCCUGGUGGGGCCUCGUAACCUGAUCAGUAAGCGUCUGGACAAGCUGCUGGACUACGAGCUGAUCGAAGAGAAGCCCAGUCUGAGCUACGAUGAGCAGGCGGUGGCUAACACCUAUAAGACCAUCAACACCCUGCUCCUCAACGAGCUGCCCCAGUUCAACGGCCUGGCCCUCACCCUGCUCUGGGGCAUGCUGGGGGCUUUCAGCUGCCUGCACAAGGACCUGGCUAAAGACAUGGAGCAGCUCUUCCAGGGCUUCACCCAACAGCUCCCUCACGGUUCCCUGGAGCCGAAUGCAUUCUGGGAGUGGGCGGAGUGUUCGGUGCUGGAGGGUGCAAGGAGGCUGGAGAGCCUGUGUUGGAAUGUGAAGGACCAACUCAAUGCUCCCAUUGUCCAGCCUCUCAGCCCUGGCUCUCAGAAGCGUCUGAAGGUCCUCACAGACAAGCACGGCUCAGGGAAGAUCUACCAGCUGAUGGGUCAUGUGGUGGGGACCAGAGACCUGGACCUGAGCCUGAACAGAGGAGAGCUGGUGGCCAUCAUCAGUGAGAUGGACACACGGGGGGACAAACGACGCUGGCUGGUCGACGCUGGGGGUCCAAGAGGAUACGUCCCCUCCUCCAAGCUGGUACGUUACCACCAGGUAACUAUGGAUCCUCCCCCAUCCCCUCAUCUGAUCACUACCAUGGAUCACGCUGGGGGGGUCAGACGACACUCCUGCACGCCUGGCGUCAGGCGACCCUCCUACACCCCUGAUACACCCCAGCCCCGGCUCCUGAGGUCUAUGUCGAUGACAGUUCCCUGCCUCCAGGUGCUCGCAGGCUAUGACUUCAUGGCAAGGAGCAGUCACGAGGUCUCUCUGAGGGCAGGGGAAACAAUCAGAGUCCUGGAACCCCAUGACAAGAAGGGUAGCUGUGACUGGAGCCUGGUGGAGGUGCGGGGGCAGAGGGGAUACGUGCCCUCCAACUACCUGACAGUGAUGCCCACAUCCACAACGCCCACCGCCCCUUACCGUUAGGGUUGCCCUGGGUAACCAGCCACCAGCCGGUCUGAGCUAGACACUGCCACUCAACCCUUCACUGCCACACAGCUCAUCUUAGCAGGGGAAGCCUACAUCCACAGGAGAGAGAGAGAGAGAGCGAGAGAGAAGGAGAGUUUGUGUGCUGUUGAUUGAAUCACAGAUUUGUGUGUGAAGUGGCGAGGCUGGCAUUUGCAGGUAGAGUGCUCCAAGCCCUCAACUGCAGCUCUUAUUAGCAUGUAAGUGGGAGGCCGCUUCCAUCACCAGGAACCAGGGGUGCAAUCCUGUUUUUUCCCUGGAGAGACUGACUGACUGACAGGCAGGUAGGAAUGCCUCAGCACAGCAUGAUGAUAGAGAAGAGUAGGCAGUCCAUCAAGCUUAUCUGUCUGUCUGGAGUUCUCACUCACUCACUCACUCACUCACUCACUCACUCACUCACUCACUCACUCACUCACUCACUCACUCACUCACUCACUCACUCACUCACUCUUACACACACACACACACAAACACACACACACACACACACACACUACGUAGGUCUGGGCGCUGGCAGUUAAACUGAUGGACAUAUGUACAAACUCCAUUUUGAUGUACCACUAGCACUGUCAGGUGACUUGGCCACUGACGUUGACAGUAAUGCAGUUUAUGCUCAGGCUAAAUAGUUUUCUGAUUUCUAGGAAGAAUGAGGUCGGCAAACCUUAAUGCUAGAUUGCAUGGUCAAAUAAGGAAAGUGGUUAAGAUAACUUGUUCAAAUGGAUGAAGCGGAUCUAGUUUGAUACCAGACAUGAAAUGGCAGCAAAGGUGUGUUACUAAAGCAAUGACAUCAUUAGGUUGAUAUGGCUUUAAUAAGACAGUUGUUGUACUGCAGCUAGCGGAGCCUUCUCAUUGGUCCAAAUAUCAGGGCAGAAUGAGAAGACCAGACAUUACCUGGUGCUGCAUCUGGGCUGACAGACAUAACUGUCUUCUCUCAGCUGGCCACAAGGGGGCGUACCACACCAGCGCUCACCCAACAGAUGUCUGUUGGCUUUACCUUUAGCCUCUUCAAUAUUAGCUCAGUCGACAGUGACGUUAAUCUUCUGGUGGAUGUCACACAACCUGAACAUGUUCAUAUCUUACCGGUGUGGUCAUGUCAUUCCUUUUGCUGUCAAUAUCUGCUACAUAAUAUGAUCUAAAGAGAAUGUUCUCUCUGUAGGCCCACUGUCAAGGUAUAGAUGUCAUGUUUUUAAAAUUGUUUUUAUUUAAUUGAUUUAACACAGCAGGACCGUGCGUCAGGCUUUUUAUAAUAAUCUCUGAUGAUAUGAAGGAAGAAAUCGCUGUUUGAAAGGGAGCACGGCUCUGUCAGUGCAGCAGAGUCAUUGUUAUGCAGAUUGGUGCAGAGUAGUCACUGUGCCCUGGGUAAUACAGCGCUCAAGCUGGGUAUGCAGCUCUUCAGAUAGUCACCUCUAUUUUACCAUGUUGACUCAGAACAGGAUGGUGCAGUUUCUGAAUUUUAGAUAUAAUUUAAGGAAAGGCCACAUACCUGUAGAUAGUGGUGGUCUAUAUGAGAGUUAUGUUAACAGAGCUUUCACUAUGUUAGCCACAAAAUGGAGAGUAAUCACGUGUAAAAAUGGAUGUCAGGGCUUUGAAUUUUGUACUAACCAAACAAUGCUACUGAGUGACACGUGUUGUCCUCCAUAUGACAUUUAAAUGUGUGGUGUAUUCUGUGUUUGUGGUCGUCACUGCCUCAGCUAAGGACGGGUUGUCACCAGGGAUGUGAUGCAGUGACUCCCUGCAGCUACCGCUAACCCUAGUAUGACAGAACCCUACACAGCUCUAAAAAUAAACGUUCUCUCAUUCAAUGGUUCUAUAAAUAGCCCACUGUCUGUAUAGACAGUAUAGACACCCUUGGCCUCCCCCUGCUGGUCACUGUUGGAACAGCAGUUUUACUCCAGCUACCUCUUCUGGGUGGUACAUCGCAAAACAGCUACUGCAAUACUACCUCUACAGUGUUUCUAGGCUGCUCCUGGCGUAAUGCUACAAGGGAGUAUACAGAAAGCAAUUAGAUUGGUUUUACUCUCUGUCUUAGAUAAUUGGGCUCCUGAUUGUGAGGGAAAUCCAGUGCUUUAAUCAGGCAGGGCUGAAUCAAGGCGUCCAUGUUGUUUCUGUCAGAAUGUAGAUCAGCGGCUGCACAAUAACAAUGUCUAUCUGGCUGCAGCCUCAUAUUUGUGCUGGGCAGAAUUUAUUGUCCAAUCACGGGGGGCUAUAUUACGGCAGUCAAGGGAGAGAGCAUCUGUGUGCCGGGGGGCAUUUUUCCUGGAAGAGUUCCCCUCCCAAUUUGGGAGGAAGAGUUGAAUCACAUUGAAUGUGAUGGGGGCUGAUCCAUCCAAGCCGCACUAAGCUGGCCACAGAAAUGGCAGCAGUAGGCCUGUCCUGGGCGCUUUAAACCAGGGCUGUAUUUGGUAACCAUUUGGCAACGCUCCUGAUGCCGUUGCUUCUUUAAGGCCCUGUCAGCUGAUCUCUCUGUCACAACCAAUUUAGUUUUAACAAUAGCUCGUCCCCUGUACUGCUGGACUAGAAUGUGAAAGUCUCCCCUGGCUUGUAGCAAAUGUCUGGGGUUUAGAAGGUAGUGGUGAGACAGGUUAGGGAGGCACAUGACACUCUGCCCCCAUGCAGCCAGGAAGCCCCUUUCUCCUGAUGUUCCCCUCUGGGACCUGGGGAGAGAGCCACUGACAUGGUGCAAUCAGCUCACCGUCCACUGGCUAACUGUGUGUCAGUCAGUCGAGUGACAGAGCGGUAGUGGGCCACGGCAGUCAUGCGGAGCAGAUCUCCUAGUCAGGGGGAUUGACUAGGCAAAAAAUUCACAAAAAUCCACAACAUCAUGAGUUUAUUGCUUUCUCCUUCAGUUUCCAGACCCUCUGAAUAAGACAUGAAUAGAGAUGGAACAUGGACACACACACUGACAUUCUGUAAGAGAUGCAGUUCACCACGUUCCCUUAAACUUGAUAUCAUUUAAUCCAUAAGUUUGCUACACAUUGACUUGAAACUUAAUUCGUUAUGCCUUUUGCAUUUGAAGGAAGUUAUGUGGCCUGCAAUAGACUAGAGUCCUGUCCAGAGAGUGUACUUGUACAUCAAGCUGCUGCACGCUACUGAAAGAGGAGAUACAACGGCCCAUAGGGCAGAAGCCUGUCUUCAACAGGGACACUUACGUGACAUUUAUAAAGUAAUUGCUUUGAUGUUCUAUAACUCCAUGCUUUCAAUUGGCCAAACAUAUUUUGUAACCAAAGAGUAGUCAAGGAUUGUUUACAUGUUGAUCUGCCCUGUGCUGUAUAGGGCAGUGCCCUUUCCCUUAGUGGAAAUCACAUUGACCCCUGUGUGUGGUGACAGUGGGACAGAAUGGUCUGGGGCCUAAUCAGACUGAAGGAGGGGCCCAGGCAAGAGUGGAGAUUUGAGGGCCAGGGGGAUAUGUGGCUAAAGGGGCAGGCAACACCCCCUCCCUCCUGACUUUUACUAAAAUGAUGGCUAACUCUGACUCCAUGGCCUCCUCUCUUUCUCUCUCACUAUCUGCGAAUUGUGGCACUGAGAUGCCACUCUUUCUUUAUUUAAACACUUCGAUAUGCAGGCAUGGACUGUCAUGGCUACUGGCCAGCAUUUGUCCCGCAUGGUGGACAGGCAGCCGCUCAAGGUCUGUCUUGUUUUUCAACAGGGAGGACACGGCACUACCUCUCCAAUUAUGUGAAGAGCCUGACUGUGUUUUGAAACAGCCAGGCAGGCGGUCCAUACGCAAGCUCUAGAGCCCUCUCCCUACUCGCUAGAGCUCUCUCCUCCUAUCCCUGCUCUCUAGAGCUCUCUCCUCCUCUCCCUGCUCUCUAGAGCUCUCUCCUCCUCUCCCUGCUCUCUAGAGCUCUCUCCUCCUCUCCCUGCUCUCUAGAGCUCUCUCCUCCUCUUCCCAUCUCUAGAGCUCUCUUCCCCUCUCUAGAGCGCUCUCCCCUUCUCCCCCUCUACCUGUUCUUCUCUCGAGAGCUCUCUCUUCCUACACUCUCUUGUAAACAGUACUAGGAUGUCAGGGAUGUAAACAGUCAUCACAUGGGUGCAGGACUUAGCGCUUGCGACAGUUUGGCACUCAGAGACACGCAGAGGGGGGAAGGAAGAGGGGGAUGUUUAUGUUCAAUGUUAGAAAGGAGCCCAUCCCAGUCAUCCAUCCUGGCACAAACUAUAUGGCAUGUCCCCCUCUGGCAACCCGAUAAGGCACUUUAUAACACUUACAUGACACUAAGCUCUAUAGUGUUUCAUUUAUUCAAACUCUUGGAGUUCAAAUUCGUAAUUGCUGCAGUAAAAGUUUAGCUGAUGCUGUGGGCUAGAGAAAUAUUUGUUUUGAUUAGAUUUGGUACUAUUUUAAUCUCGCUCUUUAAACUGUCAAUCAUCUCAUGUUCUCUUGUUGCUGUAGUGUACAGUAUGGACUAUAGCUUACAGCCAAAUGAAGUGCUAUAUUGCUAUAGUAGGAAAUAACUUUGUUUUUGCAGUUGUACAUGUUUACAUUAAACAUAUAUACAGUA